AAAAAGCUGUUUUAUGUAAUUAAUAGAAUAUGAAACAGUUAACUGAUAACGACGUUUUGGCAGUAAAUUACUGCACGAAUUUGCUUGUUACACCAACAUACGUGACAGAGCUAGCGGACUAGCUUCGUGUCUCACUAGCUGCUAGCGAGUUCAGAGCGGUUUAAAUGGUCAGAAGCUGCUGAGUGUUACACAUUACACCGCUUCAAAAUGAAUUAGUUCCCCUGUAGUGCUGAGUUCUACACACGACUUCAGCAGGGAGCUGCUGUACAUGACAAGAUGUCCAGACAGGGUACUCUCACUGCAGCAGUGGCAACCUUGUUAGGAGCCACGCUUGGAGGACUGUUCCUGUGGCGUAGUAUAUAUGCACAGAAGAGAAAAGCUCUCAAAAUCCCAAAGGACACUCAUCUGUUGCCUGUGGAGCGACUCAGGCGUCUGGAAUUAAGCAGCGCUGCUGUUCAGCAUCCACAGCAAGAGCUUACGCCACCGUCACGAGCACAAACUUCCAAAUGUCUUUCGUUACCAUCUAUUGAGAAGUUACUAGAGGUGCCAGCGAUGGUGGUGAGCUCAUCAGAAGAGUUUGAAGAACACUGGCCAUUGUUCCAGAAGGACCUCUCAGUCUUCCCUGUCCUGGGUUUGGACUGUGAAUGGGUAAAGAGCAUGCGUGUGUCCAUCAAAGGCAAAGCAUGUGCAGUGUCUUUGCUCCAAAUGGCUACGUACUCGGGCCGCUGUAUGCUGGUCAGACUGCUGGCGUUCCGCGAUGCCCAACUGCCUCUUCCCAAAGGCCUACUGCAGGUGCUGAGAGACCCUCAUGUGCUGAAGGUGGGCGUUGGCUGUUAUGAAGACAGCAAGCGCUUGGCCAGCGACCAUGGCCUGGCCCUUGUGUGCACAGUGGACUUGCGCUACUUGGCACUUAGACAAAGGCAUGCAGUACUGAAUAAUGGCCUGAGUUUAAAGUCCCUGGCUGCAGACCUGCUCAAUGUCACCCUGGAUAAAUCACUGGAGCUGCGUUGUAGUAACUGGGAAGCUGAGAACCUGAGUCAGGAGCAGAUGUUCUACGCAGCUCGUGAUGCCCAGGUCUCAGUCUGUCUUUUUCUCUACUUACUGGGACUCUACUCUGAGCCGUGCCUGCUGAGUGAGGACGAGACUGCCUUCUCAAAGCUGGCUGGCCGCUGCCAGGGCCUGGUGGAUGUGCCCUUCAGGUGGCGCAGUGAAGGGGAUGAAGGGGAACGCAGGCGCCGGUGCCGCAGGUCUACUGUAGACAGUCCUGAGUCUGGUGAUCAGCAAGUACCAGACCCACGCAGGAACAAGCGGAAACCUCUUGGAGUUGGGUAUUCAGCCAGGAAAUCCCCCUUAUAUGACAACUGCUUCCUUCAUGCGCCUGAUGGCCAGCCGCUCUGCACGUGUGACAAGAAAAAGGCAAAGUGGUACCUUGACAAAGGAAUAGGAGAGCUGGUAAGCGAGGAGCCCUUCAUUGUGCGUUUGCUAUUUGAGCCCUCGGGCCGCCCUGACUCUCAGAAGGACUAUUACCUUACAGCCAAAGAAAAUCUCUGUGUGGUGUGUGGAAAAGUGGAGUCUUACAUCAGAAAGAACAUCGUUCCACAUGAGUACAGGCGCCACUUCCCUGCUGAGAUGAAGGACCACAACUCCCAUGAUAUCCUGUUGCUGUGCACUUCCUGUCACGCGGCGUCUAACGUGUACGAUGGCUUCCUGAAGCAACAGCUGGCGGAUGAGUUCUCUGCCCCACAGGGCUGUGAGGACGGUGUAAGGGUGCUGGAGGAUUCGGCUCGGCGGAAGGUGCGAUCGGCCGCUCGUGCCCUUCUCAGUGCCAAUGACAGCAUGCCUGCUUCCAGACAAGAAGAACUCCUGUCAGUCGUUCGUGCGUACUUCUGCAAAGAAGGCGAGGAGAAGGAAGUCACUGAGGGAAUGCUGCACACAGCUGCCAACCUGGACACUAGGAUCUUUAACGAGAGCUACGUGCCACACGGGCUGAAGGUAGUACAGGUGUACGCUGAGCGCGGACUACGCGGUUUGAUCGAGUUGGAGCGGCGCUGGCGUCAGCACUUCCUGUCCAGCAUGCAGCCCAACUUCCUACCUCCACUGUGGUCUGUCGACCACAACCAUGAGAAAUACGUACGCAAGUAUGGAGAGAACCUGCUCAUUAAUCUGACCUGAGCGCGCGCACUUUCCAUAGAGGUAGGCAGAGGCAGCUGGGCAAGACCCAGACGGCCUUGUCCCAAACCUGUGGUGGUGUAUUUCUGAGAGAUGAACUUGUCCUGAUCUGAUAUUGACUCCUAUAUUAAGUGAGCCUAACACGAGUUCUAAGACUGUAGAUGAACUGGGAGAGGCCAACCACAAGCUCUUGAUUGUGAGUUCACUGUGAUGAGGUAACACUACUGACUAAGGGGUUGAUGAGAGUAAAAAAAAGGUGCAGGAACUAAAAUGAUGAAACGCAUUGUAUUUACGACGUGAAAAAUAGUGAAUAGUUCUCAACUUUCCUUAAAGUGAAACUUGUAUAUUUUUUAACAGCCCAAACCUGCUCUUGAUUUAUUAAAAUAAAAAAUAUAUAUAUAAUAUUAGUUAAAAUUCUUGCAGGUUUGUGGUCCUAUUAAAACUUUUUUGUAUAAUUGUGUGGAAAAUCUAAGGUUUUGCAAAAUGGGGCUGUUUUGUGUGUGGGUUUUUUUGUUUGUGUUUUUUUUUUUUUUUUUAAACAUGCUUUUUCAGUCUUUAUAUUUCUAUAAUUACAAUCAUGCUCUUCAGAGUAUGUUGGUCUUUUAAGACGGCCUUGGCGUGAUUCUAAACUUUCCACCUUAAAACGAUUAACUCAUUUCUUCAUUUGUUGAAACUUUUUAGCCUGUCUGAUUCAUGAGCAUUUUUUUUUUUUUAAUUUGGCAUACAUUUGGGGAGGAUUUGGCCACACAUUGCUUAUGUCCAUUUUCCAGAAUUCCAAACAUCAGUCAGGACACCUCAAAGUGCACAUUUAUUGCAUCUUUUCCCCCCUGACUGCCUUGAUUUGGUGUCUGGCUCAUGAUCCGUAACACUGAGUGGCAUCUAAAGCUCGCCAUCUAACAGCCAGAGAGACAGCUCCAUUAGCACAAAUGAGUAAUUGUAAUUCUCAUAAUCUUUUGCAAAUAAGAUUUCCACUUUUGAGCAUGCAGAAUUUAAAGAAACUACAGCUUUUUUUCUUUUAUUUACAUUUGUCCAGAUGUAAACUCAUAAAUGCUGUUAUGUUUCCUUAAAUUGUUAUUAAAAUAUAUAUUUAAUGUUAA